AUGGUACUCAGACUACUGCCUUCACAGGUCGAUAGCGAGCAGCAAGUAGUUCUGCCCCCGCAGCGGUCUGAGGCUCUCACAGAGACAGAGACACCCCGACAGACACAGACAGACCCCGGCAGAGACAGACAGACCCCGGCAGAGACAGACAGACCCCGGCAGAGACAGACAGACCCCGGCAGAGACAGACAGACCCCGGCAGAGACAGACAGACCCCGGCAGAGACAGACAGACCCCGGCAGAGACAGACAGACCCCGGCAGAGACAGACAGACCCCGGCAGAGACAGACAGACCCCGGCAGAGACAGACAGACCCCGGCAGAGACCAGCGCGAUGGAAGGGAAGCGCCUGCACACAGUGUCUGCCCGAGUGGACGCACAUGAGGGAAAAAAAAAAAGGGAAAGUGCUCGCGUGAAACCUGAGGAUCUCUCGAACGAGCCGCUCGAGGAAGCAGACGCACCAAGCAUCGUUUUAGCUGCGAGAAUGUGUAGUCCGGACAAGGGAAGCCAGUGGAGGGAGGAGCUGCAGCAUUUUCGCAAAGAUCACCGUUUCUCCAAAAAAGUCCUUCUCAACUGCUGCCUGGUCCGUCGCAUUAUCGCCUGGGCCACCCCAAAAGCUAAAGGUACAAUGACGCACUCAUGA